AGAAUAAUUGCGAGCCUUAAAAUGAAUAAGUUUGUGAGUUGGAUUUUACAGAUUUGGGCUUGGAUUUUUGGUACCGUAAUCCUAAAAGCACUCAUUUCUAGGGUACUGGGUGUUAGAGAUGAUGCACAUAUAUUCAACAUACUAAAAUCAAAGUUUACCAGCUACAAGGAUUUUGACACUUUGAUGUAUACCUGUGCUCCUGAGUUUGACUUCAUGGAGAAAGAGACACCAUGGAGAUAUUUAAAGACCCUUUUACUUCCAGUUGUCCUGCUGGUAUUUAUCGUCAUUUGUGCCCGGACUCUUAAACAUAUGUUUUAUGGUAGCCAAAGUGCCAUUCGAAGAGGAGAAAAUGAGAGAGGGGAACAUGCUGUCAGUGGA